CGUAAGCAACUGGCCACCAAGGCAGCCAGGAAAAGUGCCCCAGCUACUGGCGGUGUGAAGAAACCUCAUCGUUACAGGCCUGGGACCGUUGCUCUUCGUGAAAUCAGACGUUACCAAAAAUCCACGGAACUUCUCAUCAGGAAGCUCCCUUUCCAGAGACUUGUCCGUGAAAUCGCUCAGGACUUCAAGACCGAUCUUCGUUUCCAGAGUUCUGCUGUGAUGGCUCUUCAAGAGGCUAGCGAAGCUUACUUGGUUGGUCUUUUCGAAGAUACCAACUUGUGUGCUAUCCACGCGAAGAGAGUGACCAUCAUGCCCAAGGACAUCCAGCUUGCCCGUCGCAUCCGUGGCGAGAGAGCUUAAGUCGCUUUUGCUUUGUCAGCAUCUUAAAAUGGCCCUUUUUAGGGCC